CCUACCUGCAAUGAAGGGUCUAUUUCCAGAGUCCAUGGUCAAAUGUUUGGUGCAACUCCAACAACUAAUUCUAUUUCGGUGUAAGAAAGUGGAAUACAUUGUUGCAAAGAAAGGAGGAGAAGAUGAAAAAGAUUCUGAAACCAUCGUUUUCCCAAAACUGACGUACUUGAAUUUGCAAGAUCUGGACAUGCUUAGAAGCUUUUGCUCCAACUCUGAUAUUUUGUUCCCCAAACAGGUUUUUCUGCCUAACUUGGAGACACUGUAUCUCGGCAGAAUCAGUGUGGUGCACAUAGUAGACUACCAAAUGCAAGGUGGGUCCUUCCACAAACCAAGAGGCUUGGAUGUGUCGUAUUGUGAAAAGGUUUUCAAUGUUGUUGCACCUGGUCAGCAAAAACUAUUUCCAAAUCUCCAAUUCCUUCGUGUCAAUGGUUGUUGCGAACUGGAAGCAGUGUUUAACUUCGAGGGGUUAACAGCUCGGAGAGAUCAUGCAGAAGUCACACUUGGUCAGUUGAAGUCAUUGGAAUUAUUUUAUUUACCUAAGUUGAUGCAUGUAUGGAGGAUGGUUCCCAAAAACCUUCAAGGUUUUCAGAAUUUGACAUGGAUUGAAAUUAGGAAGUGUGACAGCUUGAGAUACCUAUUGUCACCUACUAUGGCAAAAUUGUUUGGGAAUCUAAUGUUGCUACAGGUUUAUGAGUGCAAGAUGAUUGAAGAAAUUAUUGACACGGAAGAAGAUCUUUUGAAGAUCAAGAUUUUAGACGAGAUUGUUACUACAAAGGAGGAAGAACAAAUGAUAGGGGACACAAUUUUGUUUCCACAAUUGAAAGAGAUAUCGAUUACAAAUCUAGAAAACCUCAAUUGCUUUUGCUCUGGAAACUGUGAAUUUCAAUUUCCGUCAUUGAAUAAACUGGAAAUCAGCGGCUGUCCAAACAUGAAGACUUUCAGCUCUGGACCACUAAGCACAGGAAAGCUAGGAGAAGGAAAUAUAUCCAUUGGCGGACAAGAAUUUUGGAUGGGUGAUCUUAACACAACCAUACAAAAUGCAAGCGAACUCCUCAAACACGACAAUUAUUAUGAACAAGAUGAAGAUGAUGAUGAUGACAAGCAAAUAGAAGAAGCAGCAGAAGAAGAUGAUGAUGAUGAGCGUGACAAGCAAAUAGAAAGAGAUGAUGAAUAAGAUGAUGAAGAAUGAACAAAUGAGCUUUCUUUAACAAUAAGAAAAAGAGUGUUUGCUUUGAGGUUCUCUCUCUCUGUAUCAUACACACGGUUGAAGAUCAGUAGCUGAAUGAUAUGCCUCUAUGCAAUUUAAUUAUGUAACCUUUGUUUGAAAAUUC